UUAUUCUAUGAAGUGGCUGCAUCAGCCAUCAGGUGGAGCGGGCUCACUCCCUUACUUCUUCCUUUAUCUCCAUCAUGUCUGGGAAGCCGGCUCUGUGGCCCCCCGGCGGCCCCUGGACAGCAGCUGUGAUAGUGUGGCUGGUGGCGCUCAGUGUCCCAGUGGCCGAGGGCAGAGACUCUCCACGUCAGUGCAGGGCAGCUGCCCCACCGCCAGCCCGGGGUGGGCAAUCCAGGGAUCUUUCCUGCUGGUUCCACCUCCUAGGCAUCCACUGGGGAGACUUGCCUGUGCCCCACAUCUCACUCCGUCUUUUCCUCUCUGUCACCCCUCCCCUCCCAGUGGAGCCUACAGUGACCAUCUCCCCGGCCAGGACAGAGGCCCUAACCCACCACAACAUGCUGGUCUGCUCGGUGACGGAUUUCUAUCCAGCCCACAUCAAAGUCCGCUGGUUCCGGAACGACCAGGAGGAGACAGCUGGCGUCGUGUCCACUCCCCUGAUUAGGAAUGGGGACUGGACCUACCAGGUCCUGGUGAUGCUGGAAAUGACCCCCCAGCGAGGAGACGUCUACACCUGCCACGUGGAGCAUCCCAGCCUCCAGAGCCCCAUCACAGUGGAGUGGUGGGCACAGUCUGGAUCCGCCCAGAGCAAGAUGCUGAGUGGCAUCGGGGGCUUCGUGCUGGGGCUGAUCUUCCUGGGCCUGGGCCUUGUCAUCCGUCACAGGAAACAGAAGGGGCUCCUGCGCUGACUCCUGAGGGUACUUUGACUGGGAUCGGCUGUGUUUCUUCUGAAAUGCCUGCUGCUUGUCCUCGCGCAGAUUUCCCAGCUGCCUGUGAGCCUGCUCCCUCUGAGAUCAGAGUCCUAGUUACUCUGAUGCAGUCAAGCAGGCAUCUCCUGUGACCCCUCUUCCCCGCCUCAGGCUACGGUUGUACCCUUGGAGUCUGUCCUAUGGGCUCCAGCUGAAUCAACUCAAGGCCCCCAAGGCAUUUUUUU